AAAUCGAUCGAAACUUCCAAAGCUCAAGGAGGAGAGAAAGAGGAAGAAGGAUUCGAGUACAUAAAGUGUAUUUUAUGAGGUUCUGAUUUGGGAAAGCAUGUCUCCAUAAUUUAGAUCUGAUCUAAUACCUAGGUACGUGUUGGAGGCUCAAAUCCGAGAGAAGGUUGUUGCUGAGACGACUGUUUAACCUUCAGCCGAUUAUUGACUUCGGCGCGAGAGCAAUAGAACCAACCUCCACAGGUAGGUUGUACUGUGUGAUUUAUAUAAGAAAACAUUGAAUGUUUGAAGAAUACAAAGCGAUACUUGAUUUCCUCCCUAUUACUAUCAACUCUAUAAUCACAGACCUAUAAAAAAAAGUAUAUGUUAUUAUUAUUGUUGUUGCUUGUCUCUCUUUACUGUCUCUUUUGUUGAUAAGCAUUGUGUUCCUUUUUACUUUCCCCUCGAUAAUUUCAUCAUCCUCUUCCUCCUUUUUGCGAUCAUACUAUCUACGAUAUCCUAAGCAAUACGCACGAAUCACGCCUCGAAUUACAUCUCAAACAUUAUCACAGAUACUUGGAACUUCCACAUUGGAUGGAAACUCUGACGCAACACACCGCCAACAAAUCCUCGCUACACUGCCAUCGAUACUUAAAGCUUCUUUGCCAAACUAUAAUUUUUUGAACCAACUUUCUUCAACUUCGAAUUUUUACAAUGUUACUGAGAGGGAAAUCCAAAGAGCCAACCGACCAUAAUGUCACUCCUCCUGGGCCAUCGUAUAUGUCAAACGAUCAAUUUGCGGACUACUUGGCAGAUCUGAGAAACAAUCGUGUUGCUCGUCCGAGUGGCGCAAGGCCUCCCCCUCCGAGUAAACGGCGACAAUCCAACUCAAUAUCAUCGGUAUCAUCAGUUAUCACCCCGCAGACAAAUGCCCCACCAGAGACCCCAGCUUCUGUCGAUCCUCAACCGCGGCCCGGAAGUUCAUUUUCUCGCAGACCAACUCGAACUUCUGUUGGAUCAUAUUCUUCCGUCAGCUCUAGAGCAGGGCGAUCCCUUGUUCAACCACCACCUCAAGAGCUUCCUCUCAAACCUUCCGAAGUUGUACCCAGUGCUACAUAUAUCGAACGAGGUCUAAGAUGGAUGGAAAAGGAGGAGGCAGCGUCUCUGCGAGAGGCUAUGGAGGAUAUGGAUCUAAACGGAGAGCACGACGACGAAGUGCGGAUCCAUAAAGCUGCGCAAGAGGAAGCAUCCGAGUUGGUCUACACGCACCAGUUUGGGGAUAAGUUCAAAAAUCCUGAUGCGCCGUAUCGAUACAAAGACCAUUUAAGAAAGAACAGUUAUGCGCGUGCAAGGACUCAAAGCGUUGGACGAAUCAAUAGCCCUGCUGUGGCUACGGAGCUUGCUAGAGUUGCAAUUCCAAGAAAGGACUCAAUUGUGAGCGAUGAAGAUGGACCAAAAACCCCCGUAACUUCAAGGCCUUCCUCCCCAUUGAAGAACAGUGUUACUCCAGAACCAACGUUAAGUGGAUCCCUAGAUACCGGUCGAGAUGCAAUGGCUCAAAAAGCUACAAAGACUUACGGCAGUAUUAGCCGACUGCAAAACGGAAGAAGAAUGAGCGGUGGUGGCAAGAGAAACAUUAGCGGCGAAAUCAAAGGUAGCUUUACUGGCGAACAGAUUUGGGAGGAACCCCAGCAAGAAAGCACGAACGAUUCCGAUCGUGGUCGACCCAUGGAUGGCCGCCCUACCUCUGCUUUACAAAUCAAACCUCGAAAUCCCCUCAAUCGUGUUCAAUUUUCGGGGGAUGUUCCACGAUCCAAUAGUACCCCGCCUGAAAUCACCAAAAAGAUAUCCACAACCGAGAUAUAUAAAAAUCCACCAACACAGUCAAGAAAUCCCGCAUAUACUGCAAAUACGCCCCCGGCAAAUGAACCAGAUGCUGUGAAGGAAGAGAUUCCCAAAAAGAAUGGUGUUGAGAUCAGAGGUGAUGAUAUACGUCAAGCGACAAGCAUGCGUCUUAGUGAUCGCAGCCCCAAGCUCCCCACGCCCACUGCAGUCAGUGAUAAACCUGGCCGUCCAAUUGUAAGCUUUGACAAAAAUUGGAAGCCGCAGGAGGCUGAUGACAAGCCAGAAGUGCGAAGAAGAUCGCCGUUCGAUCGCCGGCCAAAUAGCCAAAAGCAAAGCGUACCUGCUCGACCAGGUCCGACGCCUAUCACAUCAAACAAGGAUUUUAAUGCACCGACCCAAGUGAGCGUCCCAGUUCCUAGUAUAAGUGUCGCAGAAUCAACACCGUCAGUCCCUACCUUAAAAUUUCCUGAUUCCCCUCAAAUUUCUAUUUCGGCUCCUAGUGUUCCAACGAUCAUUGAACCGGGAUCAAGCCCAACCAAGUCAGCACCGGCUGUACCAACGAUAAAUAUUCCAACUAUCAACGAGCCAGUAUCUCAAUCUGUACCUCAAAUACCCACGAUUUCGGAGCCUGGCUCUUCACAAUCAAAAGCAAGACCGCUUCCAGAUCCCAAGACUGCCUCAAAACGCCCCAAUCCACGGCAAGCCCCCACACCGAUUCCUCGAGGCCACUGGUCUCCCGCUGCAGGUAACCGAGCCACAGCAACUUGCCAUCAGUGCCAAUUACCAAUUGAAGGAAAAGUUGUAGCUCUCCGUGGUGUACCCGAACGGUUUCAUCCGGAAUGUUUUAUUUGUUUCACAUGUGGCACCGCUCUUCAAGACCUCGAAAUUAGCCCCGAGCCCGCCGUUUCUCGCGCAGCACGUCUCGAUCGUAUAAAGCGUCGUGCACAGGGAGAGGCAAUCCCUGAUACCGAAGGUGAAACAGAAGCCGAAGACGGAGAUGCUAGGUUACGAUUCUAUUGUCAUCUCGACUGGCACGAACUCUAUGCUCCUCGCUGUAAACACUGCAAAACUCCUAUCAUCGGUGAACAUGCCGUCGCACUCGGGGAACACUGGCACUAUGGUCAUUUCUUUUGUGCAGAGUGCGGAGAUCCUUUCGAACAAGGAAUGACGCAUAUAGAAAAAGACGGAUAUGCCUGGUGUCUCUCAUGCCAAACCAAACGCACAGAACGCAAAGCCCCAAAAUGUAAGAGAUGUAAGAAAGCCGUUCUAGGUCAAUACGUACAAGCACUAGGCGGUGAAUGGCAUGAUGAAUGCUUUCGAUGUGGCCAUUGCGCGGGUGGAUUCGAUGAUGGGCAGAUUUUCCCUUGUCAGAGAGGAAAUAAGGGGGAGGGUGGUGAAGUAAUUGUACUUUGUACGGGGUGCAUGGAGAAAGAAUUAAAGCAAUGAAAGGUUGAAUGACUGAUGUGUAUAUGGUCGCAUCUGUAUUUCUUGUCUGACGUUUUUCACUGCAAGGCUUGGGUGGGUUGGGCGGUCGUGUUCAUUUCAUUAGUGAUGUCUUUUGCAAGCAUGAGCGAUCGCGUUUGGUAGACAACAAGCAAGCAAGCAAGCAUUUUCUUUUGUGCAUACAUACAUUUCUUUUGGGGGAAUAGUAGUAAUGAGAAAUGGAAAGGAUGAUUUGAGAGUU